AUGCCCCCUUCUGGUCCCAAGAAAAAUCUGGAUAUUCGCAACUCCAGCAGGCUGCAAUGUUCAAAUCUUGCAGCCACUCCAAAUACAUUCCAACAGAACGCCGCAACGUUUCUGUCCACAAAAAAUCAUCAGUUAUCAACCAAUGGCUAUCCAAAGCCGGUACCAAAGAAGCAUACUCCUCAGAACUCUAUAAUUUUAGCCAGACGAUACAAGGCACAGUACGGUCUAGCAUCAAGCGAAGAAGAACUCCUCAAAGACCAAGAGGGAUACAUUUAUGAUCAGUAUAGUCCAAAAUUUGUAAGAAAAAUAUUAAGGAAAACUAAAUCUGAAGAAUCCGAGAAUCACCCUGUACAUAGAAAUUUAGAUCAAAAAAGUAAAAAAUCGUUUUUAAACGCGAUAUUUAAAAAGAUAGAUAACAAAAAUAAAAAAUCAGUUGUUAAGGAGUUCAGCGCUGGAAUUACACUAAACGAAAAUAAAAUUUCUUUGGUAGGAGAUACCUUAUCGCCUCGUUAUCAUGUUGAUAAGUCAAAACAAAUCGUACACACAAAUCCUAUUCAGUAUAAUGAAUUAACGUUAAGAAGACUGAGAGAUGUAGAUAAACAACUCGAAUUAGACGAUCUGCCAACUAAAACCAAAGAUUUUUCCAAAGAAACAACAGUACUCAGUGAUAAUUACCGCGUUAAAACAAAGUACUCUCCUCCGCCCGAGUACUGCAAGUCGAAAUUAGGUGACAAUUACACAACUCAGUCCGUCGCGUCAACAAAAACACAUUUCGCUGAAGUCAGUUCGGGUCUAUCGGACACUUUGCCGCGUGGUGUCUUCGCAAAAAUGUUACGCGGAGGACUUAAGUGGAAGGAACGAAUCGUCCUCGGGUUGUGCGUGGCCGUGGUGUUGUUUACGUUAGUGGUGGUAGUUGAUAUCCAAAUGGAUUUGGGGAUGUCGGGAAGGCCUUUGGUGGCGUCGCAUGGAAGAGUCAAAUAUGUCGUUGAAGACGGGCCUGAAAGUGUCUACGGCAGAUUCAGGAAUAGGCUAUUGCAGAAAACGCAUAGUGCCGCCGUAACUAGCGCAAACAUUUCCAAAGAGAGUCUUCCGAACGAAAUAUCUGGCCUUAAUGGACACAUCAAAGAUGGCGCCGUUUCUCACAACGAUGCCAUUCUCUCCAAUGACAAGCAAAAAGACGGCGAAAAACCUUCAGGUCAGCACCCGCACGACGAUUUCAGCGACAUUGUCGACUACAUCAUGCUGGACGAUGGCGAGCGGGCGAAAUUUCGAAAGGAGAUGGACAGGUCCUAUCCUAUCGUUCACCAACCGACAAAGGAGGGCAAGAGGAAGGUUAGGACCAUCGGUGAAAUGAAGAAGAUGGUUAUUGAAAAAAAUUCAACUACGUUAGAAAAAUUCCAUGCCCAAAUUUCUGAAGAUGCAUUGUAUCCUGCGGAUAGUCCAUUCGUUGAUCAACUACUUCAUGAAAUGGCUACAGAAGCAAUCGUCCAUGUUGACUUAGCUGAAUCAAGGUUGCAUACUUUUGUAAGAGACAUAUUUAAUGUUCAGAAAACUGGUGGAACGCAGCUGAAACUCAUAAUUGAUUUUGCCAAUAAUAUGGAAGCUCUCUUCAAACCAAUGAGAUUCCCGAGGGAACAACAGACUCUCCCCAAUCACUUCUAUUUCACGGAUUACGAGAGGCACAACGCUGAGAUUGCUGCAUUCCACUUAGACAGGCUCCUGGGCUUUCACCGCGCCAUGCCAGUAACUGGCCGACUACUUAACAUGACCACAGAACUAUAUCAAAAAUGUGAAGGAGAACUCCUCAACACCUUCUUCGUAUCCCCAAGUGACAACCUUUGUUUUCAUGGUAAAUGCUCGUACUACUGUGACACAUCGCAUGCCAUCUGUGGAAACCCUGAUACGUUGGAAGGGAGUUUCGCUGCCUUUUUGCCGUCCUCAAAAGUCGCUCCAACUAAGGUAUGGAGGCAUCCAUGGCGAAGAUCGUAUCAUAAACGGCGGAAAGCCCAGUGGGAGACCGACCCCAACUAUUGCCAACUUGUUAGAGAAAUACCACCCUACGAUAAGGGCAGAAGGUUGUACGAUUUAAUGGACAUGUCUGUUUUCGAUUUUCUCACUGGAAACAUGGAUAGACAUCACUACGAAACUUUCAAACUUUUUGGAAAUGAAACAUUUACCUUACAUUUGGAUCACGGAAGAGGGUUUGGCAAACCACACCAUGACGAACUGACCAUUUUAGCACCAGUGCUUCAAUGUUGCCUUCUUAGACAAUCUACACUGGAAACGUUAUUAAGAUUCCAAAACGGCCCUGUCAAGUUAAGCCAAGCUAUGCGCAUGAGCAUGAGCACCGAUCCUGUAGCUCCAAUUCUAUGGGAGCCCCAUCUAGAGGCUCUAGAUCGUAGGUUAGAAACUGUUCUAAGAGUUAUAAGAGACUGUUUACAAAAAGGUGAAAGCAUUUCGGGUAAUGAAAAUGAAACGUAGGAGUUAUUAUAUUUAAAUGAAAGAAAAUUACUAUGACUGAAGUUUCAAAAUAAUUGGGAUAUUUUCUAUGUUAGUUAUGAAUAUAUACAUACCUGUAUGUAUAUAUAACAUAAAUAUACAUAUAUGUAUAAUAUUUAUAUAACAUUAACAAAUAUAUGCUAUAUGAGUACUGAAUAUCUUGAUUAUUUUUAAAUAGACUUAUGAAAAAUUGAUAGCAACGGCUCCAUUUUAACAUUUGUUUUGACCAUUAAAUAGCUUUAAACAAAAAUUAGGAAAUAUUAAAUAAUUAAAUAAAAAAUCCGUUAUUGUAAAUUUAAUUAACAGACCUUGGGCCCACAUUGGUUCCUUUCCUGUCUUCUCAGGGAUUGUCAUUUAAACUAAUAUUGUCGUUAUUUUUACAAACACCUUCAGUCUAUCUCCUUUGCUGGUGUUUUAUCUCAUAGUUUACUCAAUGUUCUGAGACUUUAUUUUUAUAGAAUUUUAACAUUUAUUAUAUUCUCGCUAGCAAUAAGGUUCGAUAUAUAGAAAAAAACAAAGUGUGCCUAUGUUAUUUAUAGUAAAUCUUUCUUUCAUUUAUUUUAUUGAAAGUACAAUGUAAAUGGAGCAUUUCUAUUGAUUUUUCAUGCAUUUUGAAUAGACAUUUUGUAAUAUUGUAAGAUAUGUACAAAUUGUAAGUUCAGUUCCUACGUUUUUACUAUUAUUUAAAUUCAAAGCUAAUAAUAAAUUAAAUUUUAUUUGUAAGUAUCUUCCUAGUCUCUACACCAUAGUGAAAAUUUACUCGGAUUCGUAUAUUAUUUAAAUAUGUAUAAAGAUUUAUUAAAAUUCUCACCUAAGCAUAAGCAAAAGUUAAAAAUACCUAUCUUUAUUUGAAACUUACAUUAACCAAUUCUUCUUCUUAUUCAAAUGGUAAAAGUAGCCAUCGAUGAUAAAACUUUUAGACAUCUUGUAAUAUUUUAUUUAUCAUUAAAGUUUUCUAUAUAGGCCGAUAUUCGCCAAUAUUCAUUAUAUUUUGUGAAAAUACUAAUACAGAUCGAUUUUUAUUCCAAAGGAGACAUCUUUUGACGACAUUGAUACCUGUCAUUUUUCAACCCCCUCCCUUUCAGUACCACACACCCUUAACUUUAAAUAGAGAAUAUGUUAUGUGUGGUACACCAUUAGACAGGUUCUUCCCUGAAGAAUUCAUCCAUGAUUUCCCACCCCUAAAAAACUAACUGUAACGCCAAUGUUACCAAAUUUAAGUUUUUCUCGUCACGUCAAAAACUACCAUAAAACGAAGUUUGCAACAUUAAUAGGAAAGUUUAUUAAAUGCAAAAUAAAGUGUAAGUAAAUAAUAAAUUCAUAAUUCAAAACAGUUAACUCAUCAGCUACAAAUAUUUAAUACUCUGGGCUAAUUAGUAAAAUACAAGGAAAAGUUAUUUACCAGCAAUUUUAUUGCUGGAAUCGAAUCUUAUGAUUGUAUAUAUUCUUAAUAUAGGUAUGCAAAGUCCGCAGAAAGUGUGCUACUUUUUUAUAAACAAAAUGACGCCCGAAAAUCGUGUUUUUUCAAUUUUUGCUCUAUAACUCCAAAGAUUUUAACGUUACACCAAAAACACUCAAAUAAAAAUUCACCGUAACUAAAUUCUGCAUAGAGACGUGUUUUUCCCGAUUUACUUCGACGAAAAUUUUCCCCGGAAAAUGCAAUUACAAAUUAGCAGUGACUUCAUACCCCGAAUUUAAGCAUAUUUCUCUUAUGUAAAUAUGGUCGUGUUUCAAAUAAUGCAUGUGACAUAAUUCAGAUCAACUGUUUAGUUUUUAAACAAGCCAUAAGUUACUUAAUAUUGAUCGUGAAAAGAAAUAUUGGUUAAUGUACAGUUUUUUACUUAUUGAAAGCUACACAAACUGUUUGUAUGUGAUUAAGUGAAUCUCACAAAUAGUUACUUUUUAUAUACCAAUAUGUUAAACAUUUGUUUAGCCAAGGAGAAAUCAGUUAAAUUUAUUUAACACUAGAUACAAAUUGUUAAAGAUAUGUUUAAACUUUUUUAAUGUACGUAGCCAAAACCUUAGCACAACAAAAAAAAAGAGGAAAACUUUACUAUACUAGAGAAGAAAAGACUAAGAGCAAGCUUAGGACCACUAAAAAUAAAUAAAAAUGAUUUUAGACACAGAACGAAUCAUGAACUGAUAAAAUAAAUAAAAGAAGAUAUAGCUUGUAAAAUAAAACAGCAAAGAGCAAAAUGAUAUAUAUUAUGGGAAUCAGGACCAUGUACGUCAAUAUUCUCAAUAUUAGAAUGGACACCAGCUAGACGUGGUAGACCAAUAUUUAUCUAUAUUCUUAUUCUUCUUCUUGUAGUGCCUAUCCGUUUCGGAUGUUGGCGACCAUCAUGGCAAGAUGUAGUUUGCACACUGCUGAUCUACAGAGAUUUGUAGUUGUUGUGUUGAACCAUGUACAUAGAUUUUUCAGCCAGGAAAUCCUUCGCCUUCCUGGUCCUUGCUUUCCUUCUACUUUUCCUUGCAAGAUUAGUUGCAGCAGUCCAUAUAUUUCACUGUUCCUCAUGAUGUGAUCAUGAUAUUCAAUUUUGGCUUUUUUAUUGUGAUUAACAGCUCUUUUUCUUUUUGCAUUCUCAGCAAAACACCCUGGUUAGUAAUGUGGUCGGUAUAAGAUGUCUUCAGGAUUCGACGAUAAAGCCACAUUUCAAAAGCCUCAAUUUUCUUGCAGAUGGCGUCUGUGAGAGUCCAUGACUCAACUCCGUACAACAGUGUAGAAAAGAUAUAACAUCGUAGUAACCUGAUUUUUAUGGGUAUUGAGAAAUCAUGACAUUUGAAUAACUUUUAAAGCCAUUUUUGAAAUGCAGAUCUUGCUUUCUCUAUCGUACAUUUGAUUUCUAUGGAAUGGUCCCAAUUUUCAUUAACGUUCGUACCAAGGUAGCUGUAUGUUUUUACUCUUUCUAUUUGUUGACCGUUCACACUGAUUCGUCCAAAUUGCUGUUCAUUCUUAGAGAUCAUCGUACAUUUUGUUUUCUUAGUGCUUAGUGAAAGUCCGUAUCUCUGACUGACUUCUGCGAUUCUGUUCAUUAACUCCUAGAGGGCUUCAGAACUGUCAGCGAAUACCACCGUGUCGUCUGCUGCGUAUCUUAUAUUAUUGAUACGGUUAUUAGAAGUAAAAAAACAACCUCAACAGGUCGGGUGUAGGAUAAUAGAGAGAAAAAACGAGAGAUGGGUAACUGUGAAAAAAAAUAACUUAAAAAAUUAAAUAAAUAAAAUCACGACUGAUGUAUCACAUAAUAUAGAUCUAGAGAGCGGAAAUCUGCCUUAACUCACCUAGCAUCAAGUUUCCCAUAUGUUCUUUAUGCCGUUGACAAUAUAGCAUAAAUAUAAAAUAAAUAUUUUGUCUGAAGGUACAACUCUAGUUUUUCCACAAAAAGAUGUUAUGACUCUCAGGAUUAGAAAUUAGAGAUUAGAGAACAAUCACAAAGCAUCAUUACUUAUCGAAUAGAGUAUUAAUUUUAUGUAAUCGAAUGAAUUAUGUUCAUAAAUUAUUCAUAAAUUUAUUACAAAAAUUCACCUAUAACAUACUCUGAUUCCUGUUACAAACAGGCAAGCAGCUAGUAUUGCCAAAGUCACGUCUUUGAAUGAACGAAAUGACAAAAAACUAAGUGGUCAUUUGUCUAACAUAGCUCCUCUAGAUUCAGUGAAAUUGACGAUAAACUAUAGGUCCUAAACAUGUGUGUGUACACUUAAUAAUAUACACCACAUUACACGUAAACCCCAUUUGGGAGUUACGAUAAGAUAACGCCGUAAAUAGUACCACAAGAGAUUGGUUAGAUUUGUUAAAUUAGACAAUCAUUUUUGAGGCAUCCAGAUAUAUUCAUACACAAAAUUCUUGAUGCGUAUACAGACUAUCAUUAUAUUGAUUCGUUCAAUGGUAUACUAUAAAUUUUAUAUUCUGCAUAUCCGAAAACAUCCUAAAAAUAUCCUAGAAAAAUCUUAAAUAUGGAUACAAUUUCAAAAGUAGUCAAAGCUCAUCCGUUGGAGAACAAAUCUGUCUACAAAUCAAGUGUGGAAUCUAUUUUAGAACAAAAAAUAUUAAUAACCAAUGUGUAUAGCUCCAUAUUUAGAAUUCAAAUUGAAGAAUACCUUUUAAAGGGUACAUUCAACCAACUACAGGUUAACUAUACUUUCUCCUUGGCUGACAUUGUUUGCUUAUGUUUUAAAGUGUAUACUAUUGGUUUAUAUAUUAUCCAAAGAAAGUAAUGGUCAGACUGAUGUAUCUAGGACUCGAAAAUUAAAUGUAUGUAAUUGUUUAUUAAUGUAAUAAAACAACACCGUACUUAUAAUACCUUUUUUAAAAAAGAUUAAUUUUGAAAAAGAUGGUAAAUAAAAUGUAAUAAUAUAAUUAUUUUAUUAAUUACAUUAAUAUUAUAAUUGUAUUAUGAGUCUUAAAAUUGUAACAAUUUUUUUCAUAUAAUUGUCCCGAAGUAUUUUAGUGAUUUCUAAUAAUUUGGUAUUCAGAAGUCAAUAAAAGUUUUUAAAUCAAAAUUGAAAAAUGUUAACGAUAACAAUCAUAAAUUUUAGUCUGAAUAUUUUUUCUGAAUUUAGUAUCUUUGUUCUUAAUUUUGUAAAAUUGUCCGGUCAACAACAAUCCUAAUAAAUGAAUGGAUAUUUACUGCUUAUGUGAAAAAUAUUUUGUUUUUCAAAGAUUUUUAGUGAUGUUUCUUCAUUAUUAAGAAAUUUUAUGUAAAUCAUGUUGGAAUCUUAAAAGAAGGCAGGCCUCUUUUGAUAUAUGGACAAAAUGAGGAUAUGCACUAAUGUACUAUGUACUUCGAUUAGAAAAUAUUUUAAACAAUAGGCUUGCUUGUGGAAAAAUGUGAAAAGUCGUUGCUUUUGUAUGUGGUAUAAACACUUUAGUCUGAAUAUAUUAUUACGUUACUGAUUUUAAGUAUACAAUAUGGUGCAAAUGAAAGAAAUAAAUUCGUUAUUUCGUAAGCCUGCUAUUUGAACCAGGUCGAUUUUUAUUUUUAAAUUAUGUUUUUUUGACAUUACUUAUAUGUAUCAUCGUGGAUUUCGUACACUUCCAAUGAAGAUGUUCUUCAAAUGAUGAAUUCGGAACGUCUGCUCAUAAGCAUCAUAAAGAGGAGAAAAACAGAAUACUUCGGCCAUAUAAUUAGAGCAUAUUAUAGAGGACUAUAACUAUAUAAUUAGAGGACCUAAAUACCAUCUGCUUCUCCUUAUAAUACAAGGAAAAGUGGAGGGAAAGAGAUGGAUUGGUCGAAAGAAACUUUCAUGACUGCGUAAUAUUAGACAAUGGUGUGGCUGCACAGUAGAAGAAUUAUUUCGCGCAGCAGCCGAUAGAGAGAGAUUUUAAGAAAUUGUAAACAUGAUGACGGCCAACGUCUGAAUACAGACACGGCACCUAAAGAAGAAGAAGAUAUGUACUCGUGUCUGGCGUGAUGACGUAAUCGAUGAUUUUUUUUGUUUAAAUUUAAUCGAUGAUUUAAAUUAAUUGACAUAAACAAAAGAAUGUGUGUAAUUUAUUUAAUUCAAAAUAUAUUUUACUGCUGUCAGAAAACAGAAAAAAAUGUUUAUUUGACAAAUAGAUGUUGCUUUUCGCUUAAAUUAAAUGUUCAAUCCUCCACCCACUUACCUCUUGACAGUGUGUACAUUUAAUUUAGGCGAAAAGCAAUGUUUAUUUGCCAAAUAAACAUUUUUCUGUUUUGCCGUAGUAGUAAAAUGUAGAUUCAAUUAAUUAAAUUCAAUACAUUCUCACUUUUUGUGUCAAUUAAUGUAGUUAAAAAAAUUUGUUUGCACACCCGGUAGAAAUAAGUAUAUUAAUGUUUGUAUUACUAAAUAGAGAAUUAAAAUACCUCUCAAAUUAUCCAUCACACGAUCCCUAUUCUUAUUAACAAAAAUCAUCGAUUACGUCAUCAAGUCCAGAUGGAUGACAUCACUAGUAUGAUACCUAUAUACUAUGCCAAAUGAUCACAAUUUAAAAAUAAAAAUCGACCUGUUUCAGGAUUUUUCCCUAAAGUCGCCGGUUUACGAAAUAUUCCUUUCAUUUGGAUCAUACUGUAUGUUAAAAUAUUAACAUAAACGGGAAAUUGAAUCUUCUGUUUUAUUUCAAAAUACUUUUUUGUAACCAUACUUAUCAUAAGAUGUUGUUUUAAUACAUUAGUUAACUGUUUCUAGAAAAAAUAUCGAUAUUCUAGCUUUUUUAAAUGUUAAUUAUUAUUUAGUGUAAAAUCUAUAUCAUUAAGCCAAAGUUAUUUGUAAAAUAAUGUCCAGAAUAUACUUGUAUCUAUCCAAAUAUUGUUUUUAGAUUAUAUUCACAAGUGGUUUGUUAUUUUUCUUUAUUUUAACAGCUCCUUUGUAAAAACAUUUUUCCUCUUAUUUCUUUACUCUAUAUUUAUUGUAAUACCCAAUCGGAAGGCCUCGAAAACGAUGAAAUGAUAACUUACUGAAGGCACAUUGAAAAAACAGACAGUCAUUUCUACAAAAAAAGAAGAAGAAGAAGAAGAAGAAGAAGAAGAAGAAGAAGAAGAUAAUCGUAAUUAUAAUAAUUUUCGUUUGCGAUGACCUACCAUAUUUGUGUUGCAGGUUUUAUGAGUUAUAGUAUAUGGGUAUAUGAAUGCAAUUGUGUGGUUGUCGUAUUUCGUGGAAAAUCUUCCUAGAUUUUUGUUAUUUUCUAUGUUCCACUAUUAUAUUUCCACUUCUUUAACACCAUUUUUAAGAUAUAUUUAUUUAACAUAGCUAAAUAUUUAUUUUAGUAAAUAACUAGUACACGGUUUAUCCAUGAUAGAGAAUAUCCAUGAUAGAGAAUAAACAAGAAAGAACAUUUACUGACCCGGCCAGUCAGCAAUCACACUUUUGGCCAAGAAACGCAUGAGCGCCCAAAUAUUUGUAUUAUGUGUUAUUCUCUUGAUACUAAUCUACUGCAAUAUUCACGCAUUUAUUAUAAUAUUAUGAAAUACUGAAAAUAAGAUCUCAAAACAACUUCCUGUUAACUACUCCAACUUCCACUUAAAAACAAAAAAGAUUUCCGAACGGGAAUCGAACCCGACUCGCCUGGGUGAAAGCCAGCAGCCAGAUGUCCUAACUACUAAGCCAUUAUGGAUGUAAGUCACGGAGAUAAAUAUUUGACUUAUAAGUUGUAGAGUUUUUCCAUCUACUUUCAAAUUUUAUCUUUCCUUGCCUAAAAGCCCCGGUUAAGGGCUAAGUGAUACAUCAUUUGUUAGUAAGCUUUGGAACACCUAACUAAAUUAAAAAACAGCCAUGCUAAAAUGAUCCGGUCAAAUUUGACACUAUCUCCCGGGCUACCAUCUAUCUUUCUAUAAGUUCAUCAUGUUUUAUUUUUUUUUAAUUCUGUAGUCAGGUUGGUGAUAUUAUUUAUGUAUCGAAGAUUUGAAAUGACCUUAGAGUCCAAGACUAUUCCAAGAUUUUUAACAUCUCUAGCUAACAUUAAUAAUAACCUGAGAUGACUUAAUCUAAUAAACUUUCAGUGAAAGCAAUUAGUUUGGGUACCGUUAGCAUUUUAGCAUCAUAUCUCUAUUAGUUUAGUGCAUAGCGCAUCUGAAUGGACAUUGUACCAGGAAAUUUGCUCUUGAUAACAGUAAAGGUAUUAUCUGCCCAUCUUUGUACCCUUAUUCUGAAGUGUCUCACGAAUGUGAUUAUGCAAAAAAAUCUCAUGGGAAUAUUUUUCCAACGAAGCCGCCGUUUUCGCCUUGUUUAACUGGCAAAUCCGUCUCUGUCCAAUGCGGCUGUAAGCAAAGAUGCUGAAUGAAAACAGUCCUGUCUCUGAUAUUUUUAAUCCAUGAAAUCUGGCGCCUAUCGGGACCCCUUUUUCCUUCAAACUAAAGCUUAAAUUUAAUAAAAAUGUUUAAAUUUUGGCUUAAGCUGUUAAAAUAAGGAAGAAAUUAAAACUUCGAUUAGCUAUAUAAUUAAAUGUGGGUUGUAUAUAUACAUAAUUAUAUAAAAUUAUAUUUUUGAUUUUAUAUUAUAAAAUUAUACCUACGUGAUACUUAUAGUGUGUGAUAUAUAUAAGCUACGCAAACUCAAAGUUAAACAAUGUAAGACAUGAAUAUUUAAUGAAGAUCUAAUUGUACUGUAAUAUAGCUCUGAACUUUUUAGUAAAAAUUCAUGCUUUAUAAAACUGUUUGAUGAAUUUAAACAAGGGAGCUUUUACUCUAUUCAUACUUACAUUUUACGUAUCAAUAAAAUCUUUUUGUGGGAAAAUUAAAGAACAUUAUCACUUAAAUAUUGAGCGAGUACAUUACCGUUUUAAAAUCAAUUAUACGUCUACAGGGUGUUUCAUUAAGAAUUGUCCAUAUCGUAACUGGAGAAACCUUCUUCUUCUUCUUCUACGGCACUACAGCCCAAAUUGAGCCUUGGCCUCCUUUAUUUUUUGCCUCCACCCUUGCCUGUCUGUGGCUGCUCUUCUUCAUACACGGACUCCUAAAAGGGCUUGUGCGUCGCUGUUUACUGUGUCUUCCCACCGCUUUCGUGGCUUCCCAACCGGUCUCUUUCCUUGCAUUCUAGCAUUCAGUGCUCGUUUUGGUAGCCUAUCCUCUCCCAUUCUUAUCACAUGUCCGGCCCAUUGCAAUCUUUGUAAUCUAAUGAAGUCUGACAGGGGCGUUUCCUUAUAAAGUUGAUAAAGCUCGUUGUUGUAUCGACUUCUGAAGAUUCCGUUUUCCCUCACAGGUCCUAGUAUUCUCCUAAGUACUUUCCUUUCGAAUGUGUCGAGUUUGUUUUUGGAUGUUUCUUUCAGCACCCAGACUUCACUGCUAUAGCAUGUUAUUGGUCGAAUUAAGGUUUUAUAGAUUCUCAUCUUUGUAUUUCGGUGGACACUUUUUGACCGAAAUAUAUGGGAGAGGGCAAAAUAAGCUCUGUUUGCCUGCGUUAUUCUCUUCCUUAUUUCUCCAUCUUCUGAUCCGUCGGCAUAUAUUUCUACUCCCAGGUAUGUAAACUUUUCAACCGUUUCAAUGUCAUUUUCAUGUAUAAUGUUUUCUGGGACUAUAUUUCUUUUCGUCUGAGUCAUUAUUUUUGUUUUUUCUGUGUUAAUUUCCAGACCUAGCAUUUUUGUUUGUGUUUUUAACUCUGCAUAUGUUUCCUGUGCUCCUGUUGAUGUUCUACUCAUAAUAUUAAUAUCAUCAGCAUAAGCGGCCAGUUGAACCGUUCGGUUGGUCAGUAGAUUUCCUCGUCCAGUUUGCAUUUGCCUAACCGCAUACUCCAGUGCCAGGUUAAACAAUGUUGGGGCCAGCCCAUCUCCCUGUUUUAGUCCCUGCGAAAUGUUAAAAAAGUCUGUCCGGUGGUUUUGUAUUCGUACACAUGCCUGAGUUUCAUCCAUUGUGGCUUUAAUGAGUCUUAUUAACUUGUGUGGUAUUGCCAAUUCAGCCAAUAUAUAGUAUAGUUUGUUUCUUUUGACUGAGUCGUAUGCCUGUUUGAAGUCUACAAACACGUUGUGAACAUCAAUAUCGUGUUGCCAUGCUUUGCUCAAGAUCUGUUUUACUGUGAAUAUUUGAUCCAAUGUCGAUCUUCCCCGUCGGAAGCCCGUCUGAUACUCUCCAAUAAUAUUUUCUGCUAGUGGUUGGAGCCGCUGGUUUAUAAUAUACGUGAGGACUUUAUAUGCUGUACAUAGUAGAGAGAUUCCACGGUAGUUUUUGCACUGGAGUUUGUCUCCUUUUUUAUAGAUCGGGCAUACUAUACUUUUCUUCCAGUCGUCGGGUAUUUUCUCUUCUUGCCAUACGUCUCUGAUGAGCGCGUGGAUGUGACUUGCUAGGUGGUCGCCACCUACCUUAUAUAGUUCUGCUGGUAUUUCAUCAACUCCCGGAGCUUUAUUGUUUUUCUGAGCCUUAAUGGCUUCGAAAACUUCCUCUAUGGUUGGAGCUUCUACUCCAUUCUCUUCUACGUAGAUCAUACCCAUUUCAUCUUCCAUGUCUACUUGAGUUCCAAGUAGUGUCUGAAAAUAAGGCUUCCAGGUUUCUGUGACUUUCUGUUGGUCACUGAUUAUUUGCCCACUUUCAUCUUUACAUAGACUUGUUUGAGGUUUAUACCCACUUUUUAUCUUUUUUAUGUAUUCGUAAGCCCCUCUAAUUUCGUUGUUUUUGAAAUGUUCUUCCAUUUUUUCUAUUUGUCCAUUUUCAUAGGCUCUCUUUUUAUUUCUACAUGUCUCGUCUGCUUUCCGUCUUGAGACUUCAAAUAAUGUUCGUCUUUCCCGUGUUCUUCUUGUUAUGUACAUUUUGUGUGCUUCAUUUCUUUCCUCGAUUGCUUGUCUGCACUCGUCAUCAAACCAUGCUGCUCUUCUCUCCUUUUUCUUGUUUCCCAGGGUGGACGCUGCUGCUGUCAGUAGUGCUGUUUUGAUAUUAGUCCAUUUGCCCUCUAUGGAGUGCAGUUCUAGCGUCCUUAACUCAUUUGCGACUUCUUGUUCGAACUUCUCUUUACAUUCCUGAAUCUUCAGUUUUUACAGGUCCAGUUUGUUUGUUCUUUGUUGUUUUUCGUUUCUUUUGCUGUUAACUCUGCAUCUAAAUUUGGUUUGUACUAAAAGAUGGUCUGAUCCACAGCAUGCUCCUCGUCGUGUUCUCACAUCGGAGAUACUACUGGAGAAACCUUAGCAAACACAAAAUACGAAGAUUCAACACAAAACACUUAAAUAAAAUAUUUUUUUUGCCGAGAUAAAAAGUGUUAUAAUACAAAUAUUCUAAAAUUAUUUUAGCCCAUUAUUUUAACACCUAAUAUUAUUUUUUCAAACUUGAUAAACAGUUUACACAUGUUAGGAUACUCUAACUAGUGUUAAAAUAUGGUUUUCUGCUAUUACCAGAGGCGUGCUGUAGGGAUAUAUACUUCAUUUUCGCCACUUUUCACCCUCACAAUCUACGUCACUGUCGUAAUAAUGAUUUCAGCAUGAUUUUUUUAUUCCGUGUUACUUUUUACAUAAAUAUCAUCCUUUUGUUUCAUUGCGAUAAAGUAAGUAGUUUUCAAGUUAUUUGCGUUUAAAGAUAAUGGAUUCCAUAAGACUAUGUAUUUUAAACUACAUUCAAUACACACUUUUGGCCAAGAAACGCAUGAGCGCCCAAAUAUUUGUAUUAUGUGUUAUUCUCUUGAUACUAAUCUACUGCAAUAUUCACGCAUUUAUUAUAAUAUUAUGAAAUACUGAAAAUAAGAUCUCAAAACAACUUCCUGUUAACUACUCCAACUUCCACUUAAAAACAAAAAAGAUUUCCGAACGGGAAUCGAACCCGACUCGCCUGGGUGAAAGCCAGCAGCCAGAUGUCCUAACUACUAAGCCAUUAUGGAUGUAAGUCACGGAGAUAAAUAUUUGACUUAUAAGUUGUAGAGUUUUUCCAUCUACUUUCAAAUUUUAUCUUUCCUUGCCUAAAAGCCCCGGUUAAGGGCUAAGUGAUACAUCAUUUGUUAGUAAGCUUUGGAACACCUAACUAAAUUAAAAAACAGCCAUGCUAAAAUGAUCCGGUCAAAUUUGACACUAUCUCCCGGGCUACCAUCUAUCUUUCUAUAAGUUCAUCAUGUUUUAUUUUUUUUUAAUUCUGUAGUCAGGUUGGUGAUAUUAUUUAUGUAUCGAAGAUUUGAAAUGACCUUAGAGUCCAAGACUAUUCCAAGAUUUUUAACAUCUCUAGCUAACAUUAAUAAUAACCUGAGAUGACUUAAUCUAAUAAACUUUCAGUGAAAGCAAUUAGUUUGGGUACCGUUAGCAUUUUAGCAUCAUAUCUCUAUUAGUUUAGUGCAUAGCGCAUCUGAAUGGACAUUGUACCAGGAAAUUUGCUCUUGAUAACAGUAAAGGUAUUAUCUGCCCAUCUUUGUACCCUUAUUCUGAAGUGUCUCACGAAUGUGAUUAUGCAAAAAAAUCUCAUGGGAAUAUUUUUCCAACGAAGCCGCCGUUUUCGCCUUGUUUAACUGGCAAAUCCGUCUCUGUCCAAUGCGGCUGUAAGCAAAGAUGCUGAAUGAAAACAGUCCUGUCUCUGAUAUUUUUAAUCCAUGAAAUCUGGCGCCUAUCGGGACCCCUUUUUCCUUCAAACUAAAGCUUAAAUUUAAUAAAAAUGUUUAAAUUUUGGCUUAAGCUGUUAAAAUAAGGAAGAAAUUAAAACUUCGAUUAGCUAUAUAAUUAAAUGUGGGUUGUAUAUAUACAUAAUUAUAUAAAAUUAUAUUUUUGAUUUUAUAUUAUAAAAUUAUACCUACGUGAUACUUAUA